UUGAGAGCCAAGCUUCUCUCACAUGAGAGAGAGGGAUAGAGAGGGAGAGGGAGAGUGUGUGUGUGUGCCUGUGCAUGUGUAUGUGAGUAGAGUGUGUAUGGAGUUCAUCCCAUGCUGAGCUGCAGAUACAUGUGAGCAACAGCGACCUGGAGCUUCAUCAUCAGCCUCAUCAUCUUUCUCAUCAGGACUGGAUAAUGGCUGCAUGUUUCGAGCUGCAUUAUUCUUCUUAGCAUACACAGUGUUUGAGUGGGACUCAGAAGAGACAGGAGAGGCAUCAUGAUCUCUCACUACCCCUUGGCAUCUCUGCUCCCAUGGACACCACUGCCCCUCUGUCUGGAGCUGGACACUGAUGGAGGAGUGGCACUGCAGAGAUACCAGCCACGAUCACCUGACAGCAGCCCUCGGCACUGGAGCUCGGUGCAGGACUGGGGUGAGGAGGUGGAGGAGGGGGCAGUUUACAGCGUCACACUCAAAAGGGUCCAAAUCCAACAAGCCGCCAACAAAGGGGCAAGAUGGCUGGGGGUGGAGGGUGAUCGGUUGCCCCCAGGUCACACAGUCAGUCAGUUAGAGACGUGUAAGAUCCGCAGUAUUCGUGCAGGGACGCUGGAGCGGCUCGUGGAGACUCUGCUCACAGCGUUUGGAGAUAAUGAUCUCACCUACACCAGCAUCUUCCUGUCCACCUACAGAGCCUUUGCUAGCACACAGAGCGUCCUGCAGCUGCUGCUUGACAGGUACGGACACAUGGAGGACAGCGACAGCAGUCAGAGUCAAACCGGGGAAAAUGGAGGCGCAGUGAGAACCGCGUUAGCGUCCAUCCUGAGGGCCUGGUUAGAUCAGUGUCCCGAGGACUUUCAGGAGCCGCCGUCUUACCCCAGUCUGCGCAGGGUUUUAGGGUAUCUGAAGAAGGCGAUGCCGGGUUCAGAGCCGACACGGAGAGCACAGAGCCUGCUGGAGCAGCUACAGAGUCAAUCCAGCGGGGAGAGCGAAUCAGACGGUGGUUUCCACGGUAACAGCCCUUUCUGCCUGGGCGAGGACGAGGAAGUGGAGAUCGAGGUUCAGGAGGACUUCCUGUCCUUCGGCGCAGAACUGGUGGCAGAGCAGCUCACCUACAUGGAUGCGCUGCUCUUUAAGAAGGUGGUUCCUCAUCACUGUCUGGGUUCCGUUUGGUCUCAGAGAGAUAAGAAGGAGAACAAGCAGGCGGCUCCUACCGUCAGGGCCACCAUCACUCAGUUCAACGCUGUGGCAGGCUGCGUGGUCAGCACCGUUCUCCAUCCACGACACCUACGACCACACCUGCGUGCACGGAUCAUCCAGCGCUGGAUCGACAUCGCACAGGAGUGUCGAAUUCGUAAGAAUUUCUCCUCCCUGAAAGCCAUCGUCUCGGCCCUGCAGUCCAACCCCAUCUACAGACUGAAGCGAUCGUGGGCCUGCGUGCACAAAGACAGCAUGCAGAUGUUCGAGGAGCUCUCGGAAAUUUUCUCCGAUCACAACAAUUACCUGACGAGCCGGGAGCUGCUCAUGAGGGAGGGAACGUCCAAGUUCGCCAACCUGGAGAACUGCGCCAAGGAGCAUCAGAAGCGCUCGCAGAAGAGACUGCAGCUGCAGAAAGACACAGGCGCCAUGCAGGGCACUAUUCCGUACCUGGGAACCUUCCUGACGGAUCUGACCAUGCUGGACACGGCACUGCCCGACCUGGUGGAGGGCGGACUGAUAAACUUCGACAAGAGGAGGAGGGAGUUUGAGUUGAUUGCACAGAUCAAGCUGUUACAGUCUGCAUGUAACAGUUACUGCCUCAAUUCCGACCCUGCCUUCCUGCGCUGGUUCAAGAACCAACCCCAACACACUGAGGAGGAGAGCUACGGUCUGUCCUGUGAGAUCGAAGGACUCGGAGACAGCAGCCCGACGUCACCAAAGUCUCGCACCAGCAUGGUGAAAAGACUGAGUCUGCUUUUCCUGGGACCGGACUCCACAUCGAGCACUGCCACGAGUUCCCCUGUGAGAGAAACACCGAUAUCGCCCCCUGCUGGCAGCUCAGGGGAAAGCAUGGACUCAGUCAGCGUGUCGUCCAGCGACUCCAGUCCGUCAGACAGCGAGGGCAUGACGCCCACACACACUCUCCACUCCCACAUGAACAAGAUGUCCGAGUCGUCCUCCUGCACGUCCCUGCACUCCAUGGACACCUCCUCGUCCUCGGCUAGCUGUCCUGCGGCGCCGUGCAAUCACCGCCGCUGCGCGUCGCUAACGCCGUCUCCGACCUCACCGGUUUCACUCGCAUAUAACACACAGACCCAGGACGCCUGCAUCAUCCGAGUCAGCCUGGAGCACGGCAACGGAAACCUCUACAAGAGCAUCAUGUUAACGAGCCAAGACAAAACCCCGGCUGUGAUCAGCAGAGCGAUGGCUAAACACAACAUGGACGAGGAACAGGCCGAGAGCUACGAGCUCGUUCAGGUCAUAUCAGACGAGAGAGAGUUGGUGAUUCCCGACAACGCCAACGUGUUUUACGCCAUGAACACGUCGGCCAACUUUGACUUCGUCCUGCGCUCUCGCGGCUCCGAGGGACGACCGGUGCAGCUUCGCUCUCGCUGCAGCUCCACGUUACCGCGCACACAGCCGCGCACCAGCCUAUCCCUCAGGCUCAGCAAGGUCACUCUAUGACCUUUGACCGCAGCCCGGGUGUGUGUGUGUGUGUGUGUGUGUGUAAAUGUGUAGAUAUACACUCUGUCUCUCUGUGUGGAUGCUGCAUGGUGAUGGUUUGAAUGCAGCGCUCUUAAAGCUUCCAGUACUUUGGACUUGAUGUAUUCGUGGCUGUGUCUCAAUCCAAGACAAGUGGCCUAGUGAAAGUGGAGUUCACAAAAAAAAACAAUUCUGUUCUUUAUCAGUAUUCUGCCCUUAUGGAGCGACUCGCUACCUUUACUCAUGAUGAUGAUGAUGAUGAUGAUGAUGAUGACGACGACGACGGGACGUUUUCAUCAGUAUCGGAAAUGACGAACGGGACUCGUGAUGUCAUCGUCAUCACUACGGUCGUCGCUCCCGUAUGUGUAUUUUUUUCAUGCCCUCGUGCACUUAUGCUUCUGCAAGUUCCUUCUCUCGGCGCCCCCUGCAGGCACCGACACAACACGGCAGCCUCAUGACGAACGGCUCACGUUCUGACGGCUUCCGAUUCGUCUCCGCUUACCGUCAUGAAGGCUCUCCGACUCAGGAGCGACGGACUGAGCUGAGCUCUGAUUGGUUGCACUUGUUAGUAGGAGGGUGGAAGUGAAGAAUGAUUACGUAUUAAAACACAAAUAAACAAAAACAAUUGCUCCAAGUUUGAA